UACAUUUUAAUAAGCUCUAUUUUCCUCAGUGUAUUUUGACAAUUGUCAGGUUGUCAGGUUAACCCCUUUGACAGCUGGGGUUUAACAAUUUAAGGCAGUAUAUUUUGUUUACUUAUUUACAGAAAAGUAUUUGGUUUUGCAAACUUGAACAUCGAUGGCUGAUGAAAAUAUUCUUUCUAGUCCAAGAAAGCUGAAUAGCUCCAUCCACAGAUCACGCUUGCGUCGAAAACACAAAAGGCUCAACGCAACAUUUACAAAAACACCCGAACCGCCUCCUGACAAUGCAACAACAUUCCAUAAGAUUAAAAAUACAACAUGCGAAGAAGAUUUAUCCUGCACACUUUUGGUAAUGUAUGAUUCGGAAGAAGAUGAUAUGGAAGAUGAAUGCCGAGUCGCUGACAACGUGUUAGCCAAAGUGAAAGAAAACUAUGAUCCUUUUGCAGAGCAACGCUUGCUCGUGCUAGCUGAUCGUUUAGCUGCACCUUCACGUCGCUCCCAUAAUUUUACAGCCACACAAGGUUUUCAACCAUGUCAUAAUUUUUUAAAUCAAUUUACGGAAAUUUGCCCGGAAAAAAAUAAUGCAGUGCAUAGUACGAAAAAAGUUGAAGUGGAAAUUACUGAUUCGGAGUUAUUGCAAGUAUGCAUUGAGACUGAACAGAGCACCACAAACUCUGCUAUUAAUAUUAAACAAGAAUCGCCGGAAGUGAAUCAACCAACAAAUACACUUACAACACCGCAGUGUCAACAAAAACCCAAAUCUAUAGUAGAUUUAAUACUUGAGGAUUUCUGCAGUUCACCAACAUCUCCCGAACUAAAACAAUCUUCGGAGGAAAGUAAUUUUCAAUUCCGUUUCGCUAAUAAACCUCUGCGGACGUACAGUAAGCGUAGAAAGAGCAGUUUAUCUGCACGUCAAAAUAUUGCUGUGCAAUAUGAACAACCUGCAAAUAGCCGUUGUCCCAUUGAUGAUGAUUUGCUAAGCAAUGGCUCGUCCACUGAUCUAUCCGUACAGGAAGAUCAAACCCAGAUGGCAUUUAGAACGGACGUAGAAGAAGUAGUUGAGCUACAACAUUCACAGAGUUUAUGUGAGAAUUUACAAAAUUUAAGUGCAUAUUUCACUGAAUUGUCAGCAGAAGAAGUUCGAAAUGAGACGAAAACGCUUCCUGCCAAACAUGAGCAAUCGACGUCAAAAGAAUGUGAAGAGCUUGUGCAAAUAACCGUAGAUAAAAGCCCAAGCAUAUACAGCACGGCGAUGAAGGAGGACAUAAGUAACUUGCAAGAAGAUGAAUACCAGGAAAUAAUGGAAACUCCGCCUCAAUGUCCCGCCAGCCAUUGUGAAAAUUUAUCUAGUGAAGAGGAGGAUAAUUUUUUGAAGGAUGAGCAGAAAAAACUCGUAUUUGAAAACACACAGCUACAAUGCUCCAACAGCCUCAAUGGUUAUAUUUCAAAUGAUGAAGAUUUUAGGGGUUUUGGAAGUGAAGAGGAAGAUGUUAGCGUUGUUAAAAAAACUGCAUCGAAACAGAACUGUGAUAAAAUUGUAUUAAACGAUGAGGACGCAAAUAGUUUGACUGUUGAGGACGAUUGGUAUGAAGAAUGUGAUAUUUUUGCAAAUCUCGAUAUGGAAGCUGCGUUGGAUGCGACUGCUUCCUAUAAAUUACAACCAUUUAAUCAAAGUCAAAAAUUGAAGAGCUCCAUUGCGGCACAAAUAAAUGUUGAACCCAAUAUAGGCUUCCGAACUGCUUCGAAUAGAGAAGUUAAAAUAUCUACAGAGGCGAAAGCACGGGCUUCAGCAAUAGACUUGGCACCGCUGGAUAACAGUUAUAUACCCGGCCGGGAUAUGGCAGCUGUUGAAAAUAAAGACUGCCAAAAUGAUAAGAACCAAACGUUUGCUAUAACCAAAUCAUACCACCAAGAGCUUAAUCGAAGCCCCGCGGUGCAACAACAUCAACAUAAAUAUUCGAACCCACCGCUUAAUUUGAAUGAGAAGUAUAGUGGGCAUGAAGCUGAAGAGAAAGAAAUGCCAGCUUUUGUCGGUUUUGCCACUGCUUCUAAUAAGACAAUAACAAUAUCAAAAGAAGCUGAAACAAAGGCUGCUAAAAUACUAGAACAACUACCUCCCAUUUCACCCAGCGAAGAAAUAAAUAUAACCAAACAAAUUUCUAUGCAUACCGCACCAAAGGAGGAGUAUAUAUUUAAAGGCUUUUGCACUGCUUCAAGUAAAGAAAUAAAGAUAUCUAAAGAAGCACAGGAACGUGCUUUAAAACUGCUGGAACAAUUACCCGAUUUAGAGGUAAAAGAGGAGCAAGAUAUGCAUAAAAUGACGGGAUUUCGCACAGCUUCUAGGAAAACGGUACAAAUGUCCGAAGAUGCUAAAAAACGUGCGGCACUAAUCAUGAAAGAAGUAAUGGAUUUCGACGUCAACAACGUUGAGCAUAAUGCUGAAGAAUGUUUAGAUAACAUACAGUUUAGCGAGUGGCCUGUAGAAGAAAAAGAAGUCCAGGGGGAUGUGGUGAAAAUUGAUGCCAAGAGUAGUGACAUGAAGAUUGGCAGCGACGCGAACAUGCCGGGUUUUUCGACAGCAUCUAACAAAACGAUAAAAAUUUCAGAAGCCGCUAUGCAAAGAGCAGCUGGUAUUCUGGAGGACUUACCGGAACUAUCAACUGACGAGGUAAUAAAAUGUCCAAAUACCGCAAAAAACAUGGAUACUGAAACAUUGCAAAAUAUGAUGUUCUCUGAGUGGCCUUUGGAUGAUGUUGUUGGGGAUGCCCUUGAUAAGCACGAAGCACCACCAAAUGGCAUGCAUAAAAGAAAACGUAAUAACAGCGACAAUCCGGCCACUCAUGAUGCCGUACAGGCACACUCGCCGCAAACACCAAAAUUUAUUUGCACCUCACCGAGUAAAGAACGCAGUCCAUUGACAAACAUACAAACCGCGGUCGCACGUUCGAGUUUGAGUGAAUUAGCAAUAAAAACACCACCCGAUUACCGCGCCUGUCGUGGCAUCAUAUCACGCAAGAAUUUGCUUUCUUUAAAUAAACGCAAUAAGUUAAGUGCGAAAUCCUUGCAACAGAACAAAGAGUUCAAGGAUGACUGUAGCGCAGUUUCGACACCAAAAAAUAGAAGAAGAAGAAGCAUUACCUCAAUUGGGAAUGAUAUAAAAUCGCCGCCUGGCACGCCAAUACCAAAUUUACAAGAAUUUUUCCAAUCGGCCACAGUUAGCACCAGCACACCGCAUCCACCAGCGCGUGAGCAAACACAAAUGCGCACACGCGGCCGAAAGCGCACGGAAUUGCAAUUAGCUGCAUUGAACUCAUCAACAAAAGACGUUUCAUUUAAACGCAUCGAAUGGGAAAAUGAAAGUUUGAAUAAAACCGCUGCAUCAUUGAAUGCGAGUAGAUUGUCAAAUUCAUCUUUUAGCAAUAUAAUUAAAAUGGAAUUGAAUCCCACACCUAAACAGCGUAUCGAACGAUUGCGUAUGUAUGGCAAACCACCAAGUGUUUCACCCAUUCUUAUGUCUAGCACAAAUAAUUGUCGUAUAUCGGGACUGAAGCGACGCACACGUAGCGCCAACAAGGUGGAUGAAGUUAAUAAAGAGUAGUGUAAUUGGAUUUAUUGCAAUUCGUCGAUUGUGAAACUAAGCAUGGACUCAGUUUUCCCCAUUAUUUUCCUUUUUAAGAAUUCUCCUCAGUUAUAUGUAAAUAUAUAUGUACUAUAUGUAUGUAUGUAAAUUUAUAUGAUUUUCUAUCUAUGUUACUUUUGAAAAUGUUCAAAUUAUCGUUUGAAUUUAGUUGUAGUGUAUUUAACCGCUGUACAGUGCCUAAAAGUAAAGAGAAAAUAUUUUAGUUUUGUUCAAUAAAUUUUGAUGAGCCAACUGUCGUACCUGGGCGUA